AUGUGUGGACUUAUGGAUCAAGAUUCAAAAUCCAGUUCACUGCAUGAAAGCGGUACAAGCGUGCGAAAUAAUACCAGUACCUUGCGUUCCUUUUUGAGAAAAGAAUUGAUUGAUGAUUUCCAUCCAGUGUACUUUGUUGCAAGUUUGGGCACUGGGAUAACUGGUAAUAUUUUCUAUGGAUUCCCAUACCCUGGUAAAUGGCUUGAAGUCAUUGGGAUCAUUUUCUUUUGCUUGACGGUUGCGUUGUUUCUACUUGCAAAUGUUAUGUUGGUGGUAGCGUGCUACUAUCAUCCCCAACGAAUAUACCGCUAUCAUACAGACCCAACUCUUUCUGUAUUUUUUGCUGUGCAUUCAAUGUCAUUUAACACGAUUAUCAAUGGAAUCCACUUGAUCACAUGGAAUAGAUACCCAAUAUUUAUGUGGUGCUUAUGGUGGAUUGGGGUUGCAAUUGCACUUUAUAAUGCAUUUAUUCUAUUCUUUUUGUCUUUCUUGUCAAAGCUAAAUAAGCAUAGUUUAGAUGGAAUAACGGCGGUUGCUAUAAUGCCAGUUGUUUGUCCCGUUGUUGUAUCAUCAUCUGGUAAUUUGAUUGCUCCGAAUUUGCCAAACGACAAUCUCAAGAAAAUCACCGAAAUCACUUGCUUAAUGCUAUUAUUUGUAUCAUUAGCAUAUUUUCAUGGAUUGGGUGCCCUAUACUUAACGAGAUUGAUGUUAAAAAAAAUCCCUAAAACCGAAGUAAUCUUCAGCCAAUUUAUACCAAUAGGAUUCACUGGCCAAUGUAGUUACAACAUUAUGUUGUUCGGGUCCAACAUGUAUGAAAUGAUUCCUGAUAAAACACUUGGCCAGAUAUUUUUGGUUCAUUCAGCAAUGUUGGCAGCUUUUCUAUUGGCCGGAAGUUACGUGUAUUUAACUUUGGCCAUUGCCUCAGUGUUCUCAAAAAUGAAACCAUUUGCCAAAAAACUUGAUCCAGACUAUACAACAAAACGAUUGGGUUUAAUUAAGUGGAACAAAGGAUUUUGGGUAAUGACAUUUCCUAUUGGCACCAUGUCUCUAGCAAAUUUUGAGAUUUCUAAAGGAUUAAUUGGCGGAUACGAAUUGGAAUUCUUCAAAGUUAUGAGUGCAAUAUUUGGUGUCACUUUAUUUUUGAUUUGUAUUGCAAACUUGAUUGGACUUUCCUGGUGUGUUGCAAAUAAGAUUAUCAAAGCAUUCGUAGUGACAAAUAAGAAUAGAGAUACACUGUAUAGAGUUUAG